CGCGGCUCGACCAAUCAGCGCCCUUCCCGCGAAAUCCUGCACAGCUGAGGCGGGAGAAACAGGGGAAGAGGGCGGCCGGAUAACUACUCUUCACAUUUUUCCCUUAUUUUCGUGUUUCCUGGAGGCCGCCAUGGACGAGGACUGCGAGAUAGUGGGUGAGGUGGAUCGAGUGGAAGGGAAGACCACCAGCACAAGUCCGCUUACCAGUCCACUCAACAGGAAACUGAAGCAGAGUCGCCUUCCAUUCGCCCCGCUCGACCCCAAGCCCCUAAGGACCCCGGACCCCCCAAGCCCCGCCAGCCCCUCCCCCGACACCCACAAGAGGAAGAAGAGAAGGAUAUCGGAGUCCCCCGCCACGCCCCGCACCCCUGCCCCGCAAGCCUCUCCGCGGGCCCCUGGGGGAGAGACCGGAGAGAAGAGGAAGAGGGGAAGGCCUAAGGGAUCGAAGGGGAAGAGGAAGAGUCUUCCCUCCACCCCCAGCGGAGCGGAAGGGGAGGAAACUGAGGAAGACAACCCUCCCUCUGCGAAGAAAAGGCCCUCAGAGAAGACAAGGAAGCUUCUCUCCGCCUUCCUCCCCUCCUCCCCCUCCUCCUCCUCUUCCUCCUCCUCCUCCUCCCCCUCCAUGGACAAAAAAGGGAAGGAAAAUGUAAAGAAUGGAGGAAGGAAGAAAAAGGAGGAGGAGAAGAAAAUGAAGAAAGAGGAGGAGGAGGAGGAGAGGAAGAAGAUGAAGAUGCUGAAGGAAGAAGAGGAGGAGGAGGAGGAGAAGAAGAGUGAAGACUGCAGUGCCAUAGAGGAAGAAAAGGAAGAGGAGGAGGAGGAGGAGGAAGAAAAGGAAGAAAAAUCUAUUGCCGGGAGGAAGAGGAAGACAAAAUUGGAAGACAAGGUAGUGGGAGGGAAGAAGACUCGCUUGGAGGAGGAGGAGGAGGAAAAGAAGACAAAGAAGAAAAUACAAGAAACUAAGAAAGAGGAGAAGGAAGACAAGGGGAAGAGAGGAGGGAAGAAGGGAAGACAAGAGAAGAAGAAACAGGAGGAGGAGGAGGAGGAAGAGGAAGACAUUGAUAAGAAGACUAAGGAAGAAAAAGAAGACAAGAAGGAAGAAAAGAAAGGGAAAGGAAAGGAAGAAAAAGUGGAGGAAGACAAGGAAGAAAAAGUGGAGGAAGACAAGGAAGAAAAAGUGGAGGAAGACAAGGAAGAAAAAGUGGAGGAAGACAAGGAAGAAAAAGUGGAGGAAGACAAGGAAGAGAAAGUGGAGGAAGACAAGGAAGAAAAAGUGGAAGGAGAGGAAGAAAAUGAGGAAAAAGUGGAGGAAGAAAAGGAAGACAAGGAAGAAAAUGAAGAAAAAGUGGAGGAAGAAGAGGAAGAAGACAAGGAAGAAAAUGAAGAAAAAGUGGGAAAAAGCAAAGAAGACAAGGAAGAAAAAGUGGAAGACAAGGAAGAAAAAGUGGAAGACAAGGAAGAAAAAGCAGAAGAAAAAGACAAAAAAUCAAAAGAAAACAAAGAUGAAGACAAAUUGAAGGAAGGAAAAACGUCCGAAGAAGAAAAAGUCCACAAAACAAAGGAAGAAAAAGAAGAAAAAGUUAAAGAAGACAACAAGAGGCUCAGAACCCCAUCAGCCAACAAGAUCACAAGCUACUUUGGGGCCUUCAAGCGAACGCCGGGUGAAGACAGGAAGAAGACAACUGAAGACAAGGUGAAGACAAGCGAAGACAAGAAGACAAACCAUGACAAAAUUAAGAAAAACGAAGCAAAAACGAAAACGAGCGAAGACAGGAAGACGACGACUGAAGACAAGGUGAAGACAAGCGAAGACAAGAAGACAAAUGAAGACAAAAUUAAGAAAGACGAAGAAAAAGUGAAAACGAGCGAAGGAAAAACAAAAACAAGUGAAGACAGGAAGAAGACAACUGAAGACAAAGUGAAGACAAGCGAAGACAAGAAGACAAAUGAAGACAAAACAAAAACUAGCGAAGAAAAAACAAAAACAAGCGAAGAAAAGAUGAAGACAAGUGAAGAAAAGAAGAAAAUUGAGGAGGAAGAAGAAGAGAAAAAGGAGGAAGAGGAGGAGGAGGAGGAAGACAACAGUGAAGAAGAUGAUGACGAUGAUGACAAAAUGGAGGAGGAUGAAGACAAUGAAGAAAAAAAAUCCACAGAAGAAGAAGAGGAGGAAGAGGAGGAGGAAAAGAAGGAAGGAGGAGGAGGAGGAGAGGAAGAAAAGAAGGAAGAAAAAGAAGACAAGAAGACAAAUCUACUUUCCAAUGUCCACAAACCGAAGAAAUUGACCCCAAAGCAAUUAGAGAAAGAGAGAGAGAGAGAAGAGAAGAGGAAGGAGAGGGAGGAGAAGAGGAAGGAGAGGGAGAGGAAGAGAAUGGAGGAACAGGCGGAGAAGGAGAGGAAGAGGAAGGAGAAGAAGGAAGAGAAGGAGAAGCAGAAGGAGGAUUUGAGGAAGAGGAAACAGCAGGAGAUUGACGCGAAGAAGCAGAAGAAGGAGGAGGAACAGCAGAAGAGGGAGGAGGAGAGGAGGCAGAAGGAGGAAGGCAGAAAGCAGAAGGAGGAGGAGAAGAAGAACAAGGAGAACAAGUUGAAGGAUAAAUUUGCCUCCUUCUUCGUGGCAAAGAAGAGGGAGGUGGAGGAGGCGGAAGAGGAGGAGGAGGGGAUCUUCAAGCAAUUCAGGGUCAAAGAGGACAUGCAACUGGCACCCCUCAACCGCGCGCACCUCACCCCAGCACAGCGGCAGCACCUCUCGGAUAUCCUGGCGGCAUCUCCGAAGGCUAAGGGGUCAGGGGCGGCUACCUAUCUUGACGCGCUGAGGUCGGGGGACUACCACGCAGCCUCCACGCCGCGCACCUGGCCCCCCACCACUGCUGCUGAUGAGGAUGAGGAUGACGAGAUUAUGAUUAUCCAAGAGGAAGAGGACAAGGAGGAGGAAGUGGAAUCCAUACUAUCCACCCCCGCCCCGGCAGCCACAUCCGGGGCGGGGCGGCGGGGUGGGGUGGGGCGGGCCAAGCUGCUGGCCUUCUGUGAGAACCGUCGCCCCGCCUACUGGGGAACCUGGACCAAGCGGGGCGCCAGGGUGGGGCCCCGCCGACCCCUGGCUAAGGAGGACAUCUUCGACUAUGAAUACGACAGCGACGAUGAUUGGGAGGAGGAGGAAGGCGGGGAGAGCCUCAGCGAUUCCGAAGGGGAGGAAAAGGAGGAGAAGGAGGGGGAGGACCAGUAUGAGGUAGACAAUGACUUCUUCGUCCCUCACGGCUACCUCUCCGACGACGAGGGCAAGGAGGAGGAGGAGGAGGAAGGAGGAGGAGGAGGAGGAGGCAUGGAGGUGGUGGAAGAAGGGGAUGACAAGAAGGAGGUGGAGUUUGGAUUGGGCGAGGAGAAGAACAAGGAGAAAUUGAAGUUGAAACAGGCGGAGUUUGAGGAGGAGAUGAAGGAGAAGACUCGGGAGCUCAAGCCGCGGGUCAUUGGCUGUCUCUGGCUGGGCGACCACACCACUAACCACGCCUACAAGCAGCUCCUGAAGGUCCUCGGCCCCUACAAGGCAGUGCGUCUGUGCCCUUCGCAGCCUAUCCCCACGCGCUGGAGUGAGGGGGUGGCCGCUGUGCCCCGCGGGGAUGCGCCGGGGGAGGAGGAGACACCAGGCGGGGAGGAGAAGGUCACGGGGAGGAAGUUCUAUAAGACUUUCCCCGAAGCAGCCGUGCCCUCCCUCAUCCGGCUGCUACACGGAAAUCGUCACACCAAGAUGUUCCUGUCGGGGGAGUUCGUCAACUUCUGGAAGCGGAAGGCGGAGGAGGAGGCCGCUGCCGCUGCUGGGGAUGGGGAGGCUAGGAGUGGAGGCUGGUAUCACAUCGCCAAACGGAAGGUGUUGAGCAAGAUCCAGGAAAUUGGACGAUGGCGCCGGAACCCUGACGACGGGCCGCAGAAAGCAGUCAUGAUGUGGCAUGUCAGCAAAGAAAUCCGCGACAAGUACGGGUGCAAUGACCUCACUCUCCCUAACACUUGGACAUACCUCAACACCCCCAAGGACCGCAGGGAGGAGGAGGAUCACGCCCCGCACCCCCAGGCCCCGGACGACCCCGCCAAGACCCCCGCUAAGCCCCCCAAGCAGGCAAAACUCAUACCGAUUACGAUGUUCGCUCGGAAAACACCGUCCGGGAAAUUGAAUCCAGGGGGGGUCAAGUCGCCCUCCGCUGCCCUCCCUGGGACUCCUGCUUCUAAGGGGUCUACUACUACUACUACUACACCUACUACUACCACUUCUACCACCUCUGCUACUACCGAGAAGGCCAGUAGUGUUAGUUGUACCGGAACCACUGACCCCUCAACUUCCACGGACGUUCCUCCUUCCGCUGGCAAUCCCGACUCCCCGCCUACUGCUACCACAGCCUCUACUGCUUCUACUUCCGCUGCCACUCCGUCCCCAUCUACCACGACCGCCAAGAGAAGAAAGGGCCAAUUGUUCUCCCCGAAAUCGUCUUCCAAAGCGCAGGUGUCCAGUUUUGUGUCGUUUUUCAAGAAGGGCGAGGAGAGGAAGGGUGACGCUGGGGGUGGUGGUGGGGGGGGUGAGGAUGGUGGUAGUGAUGCAGCUACUACUACUACUACUUCUACUUCUAAUGGUCCAGAGUGUAUUACUUUGGAUGGUUAGAAGGAGAGGAAGGAAGGAAGGAAGGAAGGAAGAGAGGAAAGAAAGGAAGGAAAAAUAUAUAUCACAAAGAAUGAAGGAGAGGAAGAAGGGAAAGAAAGGAAGGAUUGAAGGAAAGGAAGGAAGAAAGGAGAGAAGUAAAUAAAUAACAGAAGAAGGAAAGGAAGAAGAAAGGAAGGAAGGAAAGACAGCAAGGGGAAGGAAGGAAGGAAGGAAAAAAAGAUCGAAAGGAAGGAAGGAAAGGAAAAAGAUCGAAGGAAAAAGAAUGAAAAUAAUUAAACUAGAAACAAUUAACAAGAAAAAAGAAAAAGAAGGAAGGAAAAAAAGAUAGAAAGGAAGGAAGGAAAGGAAAGAGAUCGAAGGAGAAAGAAUGAAAAUAAUUAAACUAGAAACAAUUAACAAGAAAAAAGAAAAAGAAAAUAAAUCAAACUUAUAUUCCUUCAAUUUGCAUUCACAAGUAAACUAAUCUGACAUGCAUUAUUAUUAUUAUUAUUAUUAUUAUUAUUAUUAUUAUUAUUAUUAUUAUUAUUAUUAUUAUUAUUAUUAUUACUGUAUACCUGGUUCCUAUUUACCUCAUUUUGUAAUUUGUGAAUCCCAAUUAUACACUGCCAACCCCUA